UCCAGCUAAGCAUGCAGCAGUCUCUCCAUUUUCCAAUUCAUCCCUUUGGAAAGUCAAUGAACCUGUAGAAAACCCAAAGAAGCUUGCUUUACAGCCAAGGAAAAACUCAAGAGACAAGAAAGGAAAAACGCUGAAUCCAAAAAGGAAGGGAAGUGUUAGCUGUGUGUUGGAACAGAACGACUAAUGGCUGGAUACAGAGCUGAAGAUGAGUAUGACUACCUGUUCAAGGUGGUCUUGAUCGGUGACUCGGGAGUGGGGAAGUCUAAUUUGCUCUCGCGCUUCACGAGGAACGAAUUCAGCCUUGAGUCCAAGUCCACAAUUGGGGUCGAGUUUGCUACUCGCAGUUUGAAUGUUGAUGGAAAAGUUAUUAAGGCCCAGAUUUGGGAUACUGCUGGUCAAGAGAGGUACCGUGCCAUUACUAGUGCUUACUACCGAGGAGCUGUUGGCGCACUUCUUGUAUAUGAUGUCACUCGCCACUCAACGUUUGAAAACGUUGAGAGGUGGUUAAAGGAACUAAGGGAUCACACAGAUCCCAACAUUGUAGUCAUGCUUGUUGGCAAUAAAUCAGAUCUUCGUCACCUUGUAGCUGUGUCAACAGAGGAUGGAACAUCAUUUGCUGAGAGAGAAUCUCUCUACUUCAUGGAGACUUCUGCUCUCGAGGCAACCAAUGUGGAAAAUGCAUUUGCUGAGGUCCUCACUCAAAUUUACCGAAUAGUGAGCAAGAAGGCUAUGGAUGCCGGUAAUGAGUCAGGUGCUUCUGCCGUUCCCUCCAAAGGCGAAAAGAUCGAUAUUGGUAAAGAUGUUUCUGCCGUGAAGAAAGGUGGGUGCUGCUCUUAAUAGGAUUCAAACAUAGGGGGGAUGUGGCUAGAGGUUCGUAUUACUCCAUCCUGUUUCUUUGUAUA